UGUUUCAUUGACCAUUGUCAUGUUUCGUGUUUGCGUUAUUUAAUUCUGUUUUGACAAAUUUGUGUGAUAUGGAAAUAAACAUGAAUUCUAAAAAUGUUUGCUACGUAUGGGACGAAAAUUUAAUCCAAGAAUGUGAUCGCCUUCCAGCUGUACCCGGUCGUGCUUCUAUGGUACACAGCUUGAUUACAGCAUAUGGUCUACUACAGCACGUUAAAGUGGUUCGAUCAAAACCAGCGGUUCAUGCAGACUUAAUGAGAUUUCAUUCCGAUUUGUAUUUAAACCAUUUAAAGACCUUCACAGAAAUAGAUGACGAAUAUAUGACGACUACUGUGGAUGAAGAGUUAGGCAUUGGAUAUGACUGUCCACCAGUGUCAAAAAUGACUAAAUUGGUGUCAACCCUGGCAGGUGGAACCAUCACAGCGGCCCGAUGCCUCACUUUAGGCUUAGCAAAAACUGUUUUAAACUGGUGUGGAGGAUGGCAUCAUGCCAAUAGACAUGGUGCUGAAGGCUUCUGCUAUGUGAAUGACAUAGUACUUGGUAUAGAAUAUCUGAGAGAAAAGUUCCCUAAAGUCCUGUACAUAGACUUAGAUGUACAUCAUGGUAAUGGUGUCCAAGACGCUUACAAUCUAAGCAAGUCAGUGUUUACACUGUCCAUCCACAAGUUUGAGCCUGGGUUCUACCCGGGAACAGGAGAUAUUGAUGACAUUGGGAACCUGGUAGGCAAGGGGUAUGCUUGCAAUGUACCCCUACGUGCUUACUAUUCUGAUGACACUUUAGAAUAUGUGUUUGGAAAGGUAUUCUCAUCAAUACUUGGCCAUUUCUUCCCGGACGCUAUUGUAGUGCAAUGCGGCGCAGACGCACUAGCGCUGGACCCGCACGGCGGCGCGUGCGCCACAGCACGCGGGUACUGUAAGUGCGUGAGCAGUGUCUUAGAAGCCGGGAGACCGACCAUGCUGUUAGGUGGAGGUGGCUACAAUCACGCUAACGCCGCCCGCUUGUGGACGAGUCUCACGGCCGUAGUGACCGGAGUAUCGCUAGAUGAGAACAUUCCGGAACAUAGGUACUGGCCGCAGUACGGGCCCGACUAUACCGUGGCCAUACAACCAACGCCGUCUAGAGACGCCAAUAAUACUACGUAUUUGGACGAAUGUGUCGGGAGGAUACAGAGUAAUUUAAACACACAUUUACAAAAGGAGAAAUGUGUCCCGAAGGAAGCACAUGACAAACUCUCAGAAAACAGUUUAUUAGUCAGGCAAAAUCGGAGACUAUUCGAAAAAAUUAGGAAAUCAAAACUAGAUGCUGGAGAAGACAAGACAACUGACGACGUCUAUGCGUUUACGGAAUAAAAUAUCCCAUCAAAAACAUAAAUGUGAAAUGAGAGCCAAGUUCAAUAUUAAUUUACGAUAAUGCGUCGUUGUGGAAAUCAUAUAACAUCUCAAGUGAAAUUAAUGCAUUGUGCAAAUAAUUGUCUGUUUAAAUUUCAGAUUAAAUAUAUAUUUCUUAUUAAGUAACAUACAUUGUGAUAGUAUCAAGAAACAAGCAAUUAUUAUAUAAAUUCAUUUUAGAAUGUUGCAUGUUCUUGUGACUAAAAUUUCAGGAUGUUCUGCACAGAACUUGGCACUCGUAUAGAUCUCAAUUUUUUGAACUUGGCUCUCAUUUCACAUUUAUCUUUUGGAUGGGAUAUCAUUACUUUUGUACAGUUGAAAGAAAUAAAAACACGAGAAACACA